AAAUGUUGGUUUGAUAAUUGGACCUCCAGGUACAGGCAAAACAAAUGUGAUUUGUAAUAUUAUUUUAAGUUUAAUGUCUAAACAAUUGGCCAAGACUAAAACUAAACCUAAACUUCUUAUUUGUGCACCUUCUAAUGAAGCUGCUGAUGCAAUAGUAAGACGAAUAAUAGAAAUUAAAAAAGACUUAAAACAUGAAUCACAAUUUAAUGUGGUAAGAGUGGGUAGUGGCCAAAAAUAUGAUCCAAAUUCUCCUAUUGUUGAUGUUAUGCUGGAUACUGUAAUCAAACAAAAAAUGGGAAAUCCUUUAAAUGAAGCUAAUCGACAAUGCCAAUCAAAUAAUUUGUUCAUAUAUACCAAUAAGAAAGAUCUUGAAAAUGAAAUACUUAUCAAUACUGAAGUUAUUGUGACAACAUUAAACUCCUGUUUUUCGAAAACAAUGGAAGAGACCUUCAAGCCUACAAAUAUUAAGUCAUUGAAUAAUUGUCAUUUUACUGCUUGUAUAGUAGAUGAAGCUGGACAAUCUAUAGAACCUCUGAUUUUCGUUCCGAUACUACUUGGUAUUGAUAAAUUAAUUUUGGUUGGAGAUGAUAAACAACUUCAGCCAUUAGUAAAAAGCAAGGUGGCCAAAGAUAAUGGUCUUGGUAUUUCUCUUUUCAAACGACUUAAGACUUGGUUUGAACAAAAGCGCUCUACACGGAAAAGUUUUCCAGUAACUAUGUUGAAUACACAAUAUAGAAUGCAUAAGGAAAUUUGUUUAUUUCCAUCAAAAUACUUUUAUAAAGGAGAAAUUAAAACUGCACCAUCUGUCAAAAUGAGGAAGCAACUGUCAUUUCAUCCAUACAUGAUCCUAGAACAUGAAAGCCUACAAGAUAAUACAGGUGAGGUAAAUAUUGGAGAAGCAAAUAUGAUCGUAACUUUGGUAGAUAUUUUACUCAAUUCGGAAUGUCGAUCAUUAACCGUUGCAGUCUUAACACCUUACCAUAAACAGAGAGAACAAAUAAAUAUAUUAUUAAAGAAAAAGAAGAUCUCAUUAAACGUCAAUACAAUAGAUUCAUUUCAAGGUGGUGAAUGUGACGUGUUAUUAAUAUCAACUGUUCGAACUAAUGGAGUUGGAUUUAUGGAUGAUAUAUGUCGGUUGAAUGUUGCUUUAACACGUGCUAAGCAAUCAUUAAUAAUAUGUGGAAACUUUAUGUCUUUGAGAGGAGAACGAGUAUGGUCCGAUUUAAUAGAAGAUGCAAAGGAACGUAAAUUAAUUAAGAAAGUAUCAAAAAAAGUGAUUACUAAUUCUAGGGUUUUGCUUGCUAUGAUAAAAUUGUAAUUCAUAUUUGAUAUGUACAGUAUUUAUUACAACUUUAAAUAUAAAUUAUAAAUUUUAA